AUGGAGGUCCCAGUAUUCCUCUCCGGGACCAUUGUCGAUCUUUCCGGUCGAACAUUAUCGGGACAGACCGGGGAAGCCUUUUUAGUGUCAACCAGACAGGGAAGACCGUCAGCAGUAGGAUUGAAUUGUGCACUUGGAGCUAAAGAUAUGCGACCGUUUAUAGAGGCAAUGGCAAACUUCUCCGAGGCAUUGGUCAUUUGUUAUCCAAAUGCUGGUCUCCCAAAUGCUCUUGGAGGAUAUGAUGAGACACCCGAGGACAUGGCCAAAGUUCUCAAGCAGUUUGCUAUGGAUGGCUUAGUAAACAUCGUCGGUGGAUGCUGUGGAACUACCCCAGAUCAUAUAUCAGCGAUUGCAAAUGCCGUAAAGGGAGUUGCGCCCCGACAACCUCCCCCAGACCCAAAUGCUGGCAACUUGCUGCUAUCAGGACUUGAACCAAUGAUUGUUGGACCAUUUAGUAACUUCAUAAAUAUUGGCGAACGCUGCAAUGUGGCUGGCUCAAGGCGGUUCUAUAUCAACAUGGAUGAAGGACUUUUGGAUGGACCAUAUGCGAUGAGCAAGUUCCUCAGACUUCUUGCAACUGAGCCCGAUGUUGCAAAGGUACCCGUUUGUAUCGACUCAUCAGAUUUUUCCGUCAUUGUUGCUGGUCUGGAAUCUAUCCAGGGGAAAUGCAUAGUUAACUCAAUUUCUCUAAAAGAAGGCGAGGAAACGUUUAAAGAGCGAGCUCAACUUGUUCGAAGAUACGGAGCAGCAGUAGUGGUUAUGGCUUUUGAUGAA